CCUUGCUCUCCCUCACUACAUGCAAGUGCUGUGCACUACCUUAGUGUUUUAUCCUGACUCAGGGCAAGAUUUGACUCUUCUCUCUCACAGGAUCAGAGGCUGCAGCAAUGGAACUGGUGUCAGCAUCUGUUGGCAAGUUUACAGUUGAUCUUUUCAACAAGCUGAAUGAGACCAACAAGGGCAAAAACAUUUUCUUUUCCCCUUGGAGUAUAUCAUCUGCUCUGGCUCUGACAUACCUGGGUGCAAACAGCAAUACAGCAACAGAGAUGGCAGAGGUUCUUCACUUCACUCAAGCAGCAGGGAAUGAAGGCUCUUUUUCUGGGACCAGACAAUCUCGGGGACAACCAAAGAGAAGGAAAAUGGACCCAGAGCACAAGCAAGCUGAAGACACCCAUUCUGGCUUCAAAAUGCUCCUUACUGCCAUUAACAAACCCAGAAGCACCUACUCACUGAGAAGUGCCAACCGCAUCUAUGUGGAAAAAAAUUUCCCAUUACUGCCUAGAUACAUACAGCUCAGUAAGAACUACUACAAAGCAGAGCCACAGAAAGUUAACUUUAAGACAGCACCAGAACAAUCCAGAAAGGAAAUCAACGCUUGGGUUCAAAAACAAACCAAGGGCAAAAUCCAGAAUUUGCUGAGUUCACAAGAUGUGGCAAAAUACACCCAGCUGAUCCUGGUAAAUGCCAUUUACUUCAAGGCAGAAUGGCAAACAAAAUUUCAGGCAGGAAAAACAGAUCUGCAACCCUUCCGACUGAGCAAGAACAAGACCAAGCCUGUGAAGAUGAUGUAUAUGAGAGAUACGUUUUCAGUUCUCAUCAUGGAAACAAUGAAUUUCAAAAUUAUUGAGUUGCCGUAUGUGAAACAUGAACUCAGUAUGUUCAUCCUCCUUCCUGAUGACAUCAAAGACAGCACUACAGGUCUCGAACAGCUGGAAAGAGAACUGACGUAUGAGAAGCUGUCUGAAUGGACUGAUUCCAAGAAGAUGACUCAAACUCUUGUGGAUCUGUAUCUACCUAAGUUCAAAAUGGAGGAGAGAUAUGACCUCAGCGAUAAUCUGAACAGCAUGGGGAUGCACAGUGCCUUCAGCAGCAAUGCUGAUUUCAGUGCAAUGGUUGAGAAGGGCAAUGUGCAGAUCUCCAAGGUUUUUCACAAGUCCUUUGUUGCAGUUGAUGAGGAAGGCACCGAGGCAGCUGCUUCUACUGCUGUAAUUAUUGCACUAACAAGUCCACCUGGGAGCCGGGCUCUGAAAUUUAAGGUUGAUCACCCUUUUCACUUCUUCAUCAGACACAACAAAUCCAAGACCAUCCUCUUUUUUGGCAGAUUCUGCUCUCCCCUAGAAUGAGUUUUUACUUUCCCCCAGACAACACUCAAGGUUCACUGUUUGAUGAAAAACAGUGAACUGCAGAGUUAAAAGCUCCUCCUUAAAGCCAUGUAGCCAUAUGUACUGAAAGUGUACAUCAUUUUUCUUCCUCCUCCAAGUAAGGCAGCAAACAGAGACCAUUUUCAAAGAUCAUUCCUCUACUACUCUUUUCCAUUGCCUUCAUGAGAUAAUCCUCCAUGGAAAACAGAAUACAGAGUUUUGCUGGCUUUGCUGUUCAAGAGUAAGGUGGAGCUGCAAAACCUUGCUGCACAUAGGCCAUCAUCUAGCCCCAUGCUGAAUGCUGAUUUUAAGAGAAAUGCAGUUCACUCCCUUGCAUCUCCCAGAGAGGGAAAAAAAUCUCUGAAAGAAAAAAAUAAAAAACUUUUAGAAAUCUAUAUGCUCUGUUUUCCUCACUGGGAAAUCUGCAUUUAUGUUACAAUGCAGUUUCUUUAUGUUCAUUUAAAAUUUGAAGAAUGUUUAACAAAAUUUAAUACAAACCUAGAAAAAUCUCAAAAGGUCCAUCACCUUCCCCUGUCUUUAUACACAUGCUUUACAUCAAUUCUCUUCUGCCCUUGUAGCUUCAUGAAACAAAGAGGAAUGAAGGGAAAAUGGUCCAUCCCUUAACAUUUAAUUGCUGACUUCUAAUCACUUUGCAUUUUUUUUUCCUCAUUUCUCUAAACUUUGUGGGUUAUGGUUGCUGAGAGUUCAAACCAGGAAAAAUGUCAAGAAAACUAUGAGCAACAUGCUUCUUGCUGCAUUUUAUUGAUAUGCAACGUGAAACUUCUAGAAUUCAAAUCUGCUUCCUCUUUUUAUUUUAACAUUAUACCUGUUUCCUGGCUAACAUCUGCAUGGUUUCCUUGCUACCUGUAUCAUUGGUCAGUGUAUGAUUUACAUAAUGAUUCAUGGUGGAUUACAUAACUUCUAAGUGCAUCUCAGCAAAGAUACGGUAGUGACAGAAACACCAGUAACUUCAUAAUUUUACCAUGAUAUGGCUUUUA